AGUGUUUGGACUCAUAACAGUCAGAAACGGGACAGUAAUGUAAGAAUCGCUGAGCGACUGUAGGAGGAGUUACUGAGAGAACCGGCUCCACGAGUUUCACUGUAAUUUCCUUCUUUAGAGUCUCAUUAACUGUCCUCAAUAUCAUUGUGCCAAAGAGUCGCACACAAACGCAAGGACAAUAGAGGAACAAGGACACUCAUCCGCUGGAGGAAGUUCAGAUUACAGGAUGACGGAGAACGUGCGCCGCGUGGUGUCCAAAGACGGCCACAGUAACGUGAAGAUCGAUAACGUGGAGGGAAUGAUCAAGCUCUUCCUGCACGACAUCUGGACCACGGUGGUGGACAUGAAAUGGCGUUAUAAGAUCACUCUGUUCGCCUCCACCUUCGUCAUGACGUGGUUCGUGUUCGGCGUCGUCUUCUACCUCAUCGGCCUGAGGAACGGUGACUUUGACGCGGACCCGUCCUCCAAUCACACGCCAUGCGUGAUGAACGUGGACUCACUGACCGGUGCGUACCUGUUCUCCUUGGAGACCCAGACCACCAUCGGCUACGGCUUCCGGCACGUGUCGGAGGAGUGUCCUCUGGCCAUCAUCACGCUGGUGGCGCAGCUCGUCCUCACGGGGCUGGCGGAGAUCUUCGUGACCGGCGCGUUCCUGGCCAAACUGGCGCGACCCAAGAAGCGCGCGGGAACCAUCAGGUUCAGCCGCUCGGCGGUGGUCUGCAAGCGGAACGGGAGGCCGUGUCUGAUGGUGCGAGUGGCCAACCUGAGGAACAGCCUCCUGAUUCAGUGCCAGCUCUCGGGGAAACUGCUGUCGGCCCGCGUCACGCAAGAGGGCGAGAAGACCCUCGUCCACCAGGUCAGCGUGGACUUCCACCUGGACUCCAGCGGUGAGUGUCCGUUCCUGCUGCUGCCGCUCACCUUCUACCACGUGCUGGACGACCGAAGCCCGCUGGCCGGUCUCACGGCGGACGACCUGCCGAGACGAGAGUUCGAGCUGCUGGUCACCCUCAACGGCACCGUGGAGUCCACGGCCGCCACCUGCCAGAGCCGCACGUCUUACGUGCCGCAGGAGAUCCUGUGGGGUUACGAGUUCAAGCCGGUGCUGUCCAACACACGCGGCGGCAAACUGGCCGCAGACUUCAGCUUCUUCGACCAGGUGCGGGUCUGCAGCGACCCGCCGACGCUCGACACGGAGAAGCUGCAGCUGGAGGAGGAAUACAGACGGGAGUGAAGAGACCACAUGAUGAAAAAACAUCUGGAAAACUGGUCAAUCUUUCUGGAAGUCAGAUCUUAUCUGUGUGGAACGAAGACACCACAACCAGAACACUCCUUAUUCCUCUUUCUAGUCUCAUUGGGAAUGAUUUAUCAGUGACUAUUUAAAGUGUAAUUUAUUCCUGUGAUCAAAGCUGAAUUUUCAGCAUCAUUACUCCAGUCUUCAGUGUCACAUGAUCCUUCAGAAAUCAUUCUGAUAUGAUGAUUUGCUGCUCAAGA